CCAGCACGGAAAGCUUACUGUUAUUUCAUGAAUCUAUCGAGGGUAUUUACAAAUGACAGGGAUCAAUGCACUACCAUGUUCGUACGUUUUAAUCAGUAAUGAAGAAAUAGGUACAGAAAACACACAAAAUGUGAAGUUCCUAGAACUAGUUAUCUUUUUGGAUUUUAUUUCGACCUUGCAUGUUCUUUAGUUCUUUAAUUAAGGGUGUUGUGACAGUUUUGAUUUAUAUUUCCUGGCCUAUUUCAUAUGUUUGGAUGUCGUUGUUGAAACUGUGACAGAAAUAUGGGAGCUAAACCCAGUAUCCCAGUGGUGCAAUUACCACGGGAUACGGUUGUCAUAGUAACUGGUGCAAAUUCAGGAAUCGGUUAUGAAACAGCUAAGUACAUCGCAAUGAUGGGAGCUAAAGUGGUUCUGGCUUGCAGAGAUGAACAGAAAGCGAACGAGGCAAUGAGGCGAAUGGAUGCAGAAUUUCAAGAGGAGAAAAGACGUAACUCAAUGAACAUAAUAAGAGAUGACCAUCUAGCUGUAGAAUUCAUGAAGUUAGAUUUGGCCUCUUUGGAAUCCACAAUGAAUUUCAUCAACACAUUCAAAGCCAAAUACAACCGACUGAAUCUCCUUAUUUGCAAUGCUGGUGUUUACUCUAAAAAUAAAGUGAUGACGGAAGAUAAUUUUGAGUUGACAUAUCAGGUGAAUUAUCUGGGACAUUUUCUUAUUGUCGCUCAUCUGAUUCCUCUUUUGACGAAAUCGGGAAAGGACUGUCGCAUCGUAUUUGUUUGCAGUGAAGCACACCAUAAAGCAAAGUUUGACGUUAAUCUCGCCGAAAACGGUAAAACAAGUCCUUUUGACGCCGACUCCAUAUAUAACAAUACGAAGCUCUUUCAGAUUAUGCAAAUGUACUAUGUUGAUAAGAUUCUUCUUGAUUCGGAUGUGGAAGUUUGCUGCGUAAAUCCUGGAACCGUAGACACGGAACUGUUCAGGAAUGCACUACCAGAAGGGCAGCCAGGGGUUCGAAAGUUUUGCAUGGAUUGCUUUGGUAAAAUUAAAAUAAAAAGAUCCUGA